UAUGGUAGUCAGCAGCAUUAUGGCCGCUUGUUGUUGUGGCCGUGUUAUUGUCUUAGGGUCAGUGAUAUGAUUGUGUCGAUUUCGGUCGUAUUCGAAUCCGUAGUCCUCACAACAUACAAAAUUUUUGUUUGCUAGGAAUUUAAUACCGCAUCAAGUGUAAUGGGUGCUAAAGCCAGUACGGCAAACGGUGGAGGAUCAAGUCCGCGAACUAGAACAUUUUCUACGAGUAGCAGUUCCGAUGUUGUUGCUGCUGGGAGUACGGGAUUUAGCCUUCUAAGAGCAAUUCCAGGUGCUGUGUCGAGUGAUAGACAAAGAGCAAGAUCCUUGUCAAGUGUUCCUGACAGUCAUUCAAGUCACGAAGCAAUUGGAAUACCGAAUGCAAGCGUCGGCGCUUAUGACAUAUCUGAAUCCCCUGAAACUGACAGCAGUUCUCCCGAGGAUCAUGUGCUGGUUGGUCCCUUGGCUGCCAACAUUAGUCUUGGUCGAGUUUACGCUGCUCAUUCGUUGCCGUCGAAUAUCUGGCCCUUAAACGGUGAGUAA